AGCCUCGCCCACCGCCGUGGGCCCACCCCCCACUCCCCAGCUGGGGGGCUACUUAGGGUGCAGCCCGGGGCCGCGCUUGGUUUGUGCAGCCGACGCCACCAUGAGCCAGGACCCGCCGCUGUUCCUGGGCGCGGCGGAGGUGGAGCGGCUCCUGCAGCGCGCCAGCGAUCUGGUGGCCCCGCUGGAGACGGCGCUGGCCAACUUCUCCCGCGGCCCCGCGGGGGGCGUCGUGCAGCCCGUGCGCACCGUGGUGCCGGUGCCGGAGCACGGCGGAUUUUUAGGGGUCAUGCCUGCUUACAGUGCUGAGGAUGAUGCUCUAACAACCAAACUAGUGACUUUCUACGAGCACCAAGAGGAUUCUUCUGUUCCUUCCCACCAAGCAACUGUUCUCUUAUUUGACCCAAGAAAUGGAUCCUUAAGAGCUGUCUUAGACGGCAGUGUCAUUACAGCAAAACGAACAGCUGCAGUGUCUGCGAUAGCUACUAAGCUCUUGAUGCCACCCUCUGCAGAAGUGCUGUGCAUUUUGGGAGCUGGGGUUCAAGCCCAUAGCCAUUAUGAUAUAUUUACAGAGCUGUUUUCAUUUAAGGAGGUCAGGAUGUGGAAUCGCACGAAGGAGAAUGCUGUGAAGUUUGCUGGCUCAGUGACGGGUCCAGUGCAGGUUUGCUCUUCUGCUCAGGAGGCCGUUAUUGGGGCUGAUGUCAUUAUAACAGUUACCAUGGCAACAACACCUAUUUUAUUUGGAGAAUGGGUAAAACCAGGUGCCCAUAUCAAUGCAAUUGGGGCAAGCAGACCAGACUGGAGAGAAUUGGAUGAUGUAGUGAUGAAGAAUUCUGUGCUGUACGUGGAUUCCAGAGAGGCUGCUUUGACUGAAUCGGGAGAUGUUAUAUUAUCAGGGGCAGAAAUUUUUGCUGAGUUGGGAGAGGUAGUGAAAGGGACAAAACCAGCACUCUGUGGGAAAACAACAGUGUUCAAAUCACUGGGAAUGGCCAUUGAAGAUACAGUAGCAGCAAAAUUAGUUUAUGAUUCCUGGUCAGCUGGUAACUAAAACUGGAGAGCCUGCAAUAUCAAGACAGGCAUAACAGUAUGAAGUCAGUGGUUUGCAUUUGGCUUUUGGGCACUCUUUUUUUUUUUUUCUUUACACAGAAAGGUAAUAAUCUUACAUGUUAUAUACAAAGCUUUUUCAUAACUUUCAGUCAUCAACUUUAAAACCACAAACUGUGCAGUACAUAAUCCUGUAUUUUUAAGGACAGGUAUCUAAUGUUUCUGUUACUAACAAAUGUACUUCUCUGUAUUAUCCUUAUAGGACAAAUGAUUUACCAUUCCAUGCAUCUUUCGUGGAGAGCUUUGAGAGCUAAUUGGUGUUAUGGUGAAAUAUGCUGGCUUGAAGAUUAAAGUUUAAUAUUCUGUCAUGGAACAAAAGAGAUGGCACUCACUUGAAAUCCAGUGGGUUGCAUUCUUAGCAUGUUGAACCUGCAGUGCAGUUCAACAUGUAUCCUUCCAUUCUCAAGCUCUGAUUCAGGAAUACUAGGAGUUUUGGAGAUCAGAGAUUGUGUCAAGUGGAAGGGUCACAUGCUGACCCACAGUCAGUUCAUUGUUUCGGAUCACUGUCCCUGAUUCGAUCCAGCCGAAUCUGAAAAUUUGAUGCCGAUUUGGGGAAUCAGCGAUUUGGACACAGAAAAAACUUUUAUGGCUGUGCCUAUAUACCUUGAGGUAGCAGGUGCGGCUUGUGAAAGCUGCAAUGCUGGGACACUUGGAGCGUCCCAUAGGAGUGCAGAGGGGCCUCCACAUGCUCGGCGGUGAACCUGGAAGUGGACCAGAAGUACUUAUGGGUUUGCUGGGGAACGCACUGGGGGGGGACCCCAGCUCAGCGACUGCCUGCAGGGAAACCUGGAAGUGCUUCUGGUCCACUUCCAGGUCUGCUGCUGAGUUCACUGGAGAGCCCCCGCCCUGUGCUUCUGGGACACUCUGCGCUCCAGCAUUGCAGCAGGCACGAGCCCCUGAUACUUAUAGGUAUGUGGGGAAAAAACAUACAAAGCUGUGUCUGUCUGAAUCUCUCCAGAUCUAUUCAGAGGGUUCAGAUUCCAUUUAGAGAGAUUAAAGGGUCCUCUGAUUUGAUUCGGAUUCAGAGAUUUGGCCACCAAAUUGGGCCAAAUCUCUGCUGAAUCGAAUCAGGAGCGAAGCUUCACACAGCCCUAGAGGUAAUGCCUACUUCUGUAAGCAGCGAGGCCUUUAGCAGAGCCUUUGUUUAAGCUGUGUAUGCACUGAUCAAUGAUUGUAUUAAUACAUGGUCCAGCAAGGCCUACUGUCCAUUAAAUGCAUCCUUACUCUGUGCAGGGGUGUAGGUUGUAGCCGUGUUGGUCUAAGGACAUAGGCAGACAAGGUUCCUUGGGUGAAUUUGAUAUCUUUUGUUAGACCAAUUCUUAUUCUGUGGAAGCAUAUGCAGCAGUCAUUGCAAAUGAUAGUAUCAGUAUUGGCAAAGCCAGAAAGUGGAGGUACAAGUAUUAUUUUGAGUUUAAAAAAAACAAACCUCUAGGUCGGGGGUAGGCAACUCCUGGCACGAGUGCCCAAGUGUGGCAUGCAAAGACAUUUUACUUGGUACUUGCGCUUCUAGGAAGGGCUAGGGCUACUCUGCCACAACAAGAAUCAGGCCCUCCUUGUCCUCUUGUAGCUCCCCUGCCAUCUGUACCUGGCAAUUCAAGGUUGCAGGUGUUUUUGGCACUCUGCUCAAAAAUGUUGCCAACCUCUGCUCUAGGUAAUGCCCAAGUAAGGUUAUAAGGGGAUUUAGAGGUCAAAGGCCUGUGAUACAAACAAUCGCCUGACUUUCUAAGUUCUGCUUUUUCCCUCAGUUUCCUUUGAUGCUUCCAAUACUAGACUUAUCAGAGUGCUUACCUAUAGCAAAAUGGCAGCACAUUAUUAGGAGUCUUGGAGUGUUAGGUUGCCCACUCGGUGAAUUUCAGUGGGACUUGCAAAUAUGGUUCACUUAGGCUUCUUGGGAAAUCCCAGUCUCCAUCUGUUCAUAUUUCUUGUUUUACAAAUCACAGUGGCAUAAUCUCAAGAUAAGUAUUAUGUAUUACUUACAUUUAUGUUGAAAUUAAAAUGAACUAUCUGUUUCUAGUAGGUGCUCUUCUGAUUACCCACUAUGUGUUUAAUAUGUUUUUUAAAGAUUAUAAAUAAAACCUCUUUCUAUCUAA